AUGAGGCUGGACGCUCUGUGGCUAGGACGGAACACGGGGAUGUUGUCCUCCGGAAGGACUCUAGCAGGCCCCCGUAUAGUCAGCUCCAGGCUCCGUACCCCCACAUACUUCUUCCUGGUCAACCUGUCUGUGCUGGAUGCUGUCUGCUCAUGCACCGUGGUGCCCAAGCUGCUCGAGAUCCUGGCAGCAGGGAAGAAGAGCAUCUCCUGUGGGGGCUGCCUGGCCCAGAUGUACUUCCUGUUAUCGUCAGUGACGGGGGAGGUGCUGUUCUUCACAGCCAUGGCCUACGACCACUACAUGUCUAUCUGCUGGCCCCAGGCUGCCCCUUUCGGCUGCUGCUUCUCCCUCUACACCGCGGCGCUCACGGGUGACGCCGUAAUCAUCGCCGUGGACAGCCACAGCGCCAGCCUCCAAAGCCCCAUGUACUUUUUCCUCUGCAAUCUGGCUACCAUGGAUAUUGUCUGCACCUCAUCUGUGCUGCCCAAGGCGCUGGCGGGCCUGGCCUUCGAGGAAAACACCAUCUCCUUCCAGGGGUGCAAGGCCCGGCUGUUCUUCCUCACCUGGUCCGCAUCUUCCGAGCUGCUGCUGCUGACGGUCAUGGCCUACGACCGCUACGUGGCCAUCUGCCGCCCGCUGCACUACAGCACGUGGAUGAGCCCGCGGCUGUGCAGGUUGCUGGCCGUGGGCGUGUGGGCCGUCUGUGCCCUCAACGGGUCGCUGCACGCUGGGCUGAUGACGCUGCUGUCUUUCUGCGGCCCCAACGUUAUCGCACACUUCUUCUGCGAGAUCCCCCCACUCCUGCUGCUCUCCUGCAGCCCCACACUUGUGAACAGCAUCAUGACUGUCUUAGCCGAUGCCUUCUAUGGAGUCGUCAACUGCCUACUCACUCUGGCUUCCUACAGCUGCAUCGUCGCCAGCAUCCUGCGCAAGCGCUCGGCUGCCGGCAGGCGGCGGGCCUUCUCCACCUGCUCCUCCCACCUCCUGGUGGUCUUGGUGUACUACUCCGCAGUGUUCUGUGCCUACAUCAGUCCGGCCUCCAGCUACAGCCCUGAGAGAAGCAAGGUAUCCGCAGUGCUCUACACGAUGCUGAGCCCCACCCUGAACCCAGUCACCUACUCUCUGAGGAACACGAAGGAUAAACAUGCCCUGGGGAGACUUGUGCAAGCCCUUCUCCACCCUGGGGUGCAUGGGCUGCCUCCCUGA